AUGACCACCCGGUUCUUCGUCAACCCCACCCAACCACUGCGGACUGUUGAUACUCAGGGGGAACUGUUCGCGAGUCUUACCCGGAUCAUCGAACUCACUCCUCCUGACCAUCACUCUACCCAAUGGGCUUACCAAGGCCUUUACGGGGGUCCUACAUCAAUUGCGUACGCCUUAUACCGACUAUUUCAGCUGUAUCCGUACUUGGCAGUCAAGCAUCAGUCAUUGCUAGGGUGGGCGCACGACUACCUCAAGAUAUACUGCGACGAAUAUGGCCUCGACGAAUAUGGCCUCGACGAAUAUGGCCUCGACGAAUAUGGCCUCGACGAAUAUGGCCUCGACGAAUAUGGCCUCGACGAAUAUGGCGACAACGUCCUAUUCGCGCCUACGCCGAAUGACUGCGGAAUUUGCAACAAUACGCUGGCUCAAGUGGCCCUGAGUGCAGUCAUGUUGGGAGAUACCAUUUACGUCAGGAAGCUCUGUUCGUACGCAACUGCCAUCAACUCACCGGACGAAUUUGGAAAGAACAGUUGGUGGCGCGGCCGAGCGGGCUACCUGUACUUCCUGAGACUCUGCCGCGACAAGACGGUUGAGCGAAUCCUGGCAGGGUACCAAACAUGGAUGUCCUACCCAGGCGACGAUCCCCACGACGAGUUUACCCUUCUGGGAGCGGCACAUGGCACCAUGGGCAUCAUCUGUCAAAUUGUCCUGUCGAUGCCGUCAGUUGCUCCGACGCUCCAAAAGGCGCUUGCCGAUAUUCUCACACACCAAUGCGAGAGCGGAAAUUUCCCUGCCGUGCUGGCACUUUUUCCGGAAGAUGAGCUUGUGCAGUUCUGCUCUGGUGGCCCUGGAUACGUAAUCUCACUACGAUCGCUAUUGCCGCACUUCCCAGACCUAAGAGAACGCAUUCAAAACGCAAUGAGAGCCGCUCAGUCGGAUACCUGGCGAAGGGGUCUGCUGACGAAGAAGCCGUGUCUGUGUCAUGGAAUCGCUGGCAACGCUCUGGCCCUGGACGACGACAACCAGUUUUUCCACAUGCUGUCGUUCACGGGCAGUGAUCAGAUGGAGCAGAUGGAUAGAUUAUUGGGUCGUGAAGACCGGGACGACCAGGAGGCUUACGCCGAAGUUGGUCUUUACGAGGGUGAAGCAGGUCGAGCUUGGGCUUGGGCUAUUGCGGACAAGGGUCUCACCAGGACUUUCAUUGGGUAUAACGAUGUAUAA